CCAUUAAUCAAACUGCGCCCGUUGAACUGAUCACAAACGACGCGGCUGGUCUGAGGAGCAAGUUACCGCGUCGCCUCUGCGCCGUGACGCGUGGAGUGAGUCAGGUGAAGCCGCCUGCUCUCUGCCCACAGCGACGUCACGUCACACGUGCGGGAAGCGCGGAGCGCAGCGGGACUCGCGCGAGGCUCCUCAAACUUUUUCCGCGCUCCCGCGGCCAAAACUAUUUGCGGCGCGCACGGAACUUUCCUGCCGCUGUCCGACCGCUCGCCGGGACCCAGAUCCGGUCCACGUCUCGACCCGGGGCGCGAUGGAGGCGCAGACGCAGCCGGUCUGCCGCAGAGGAUGCGGACUCCCGCUCUCCGCCGAGGACGCCGGCGCUCGGGGGCACCGCUGCGUGGACGCGCUGCGUGCGCUCAGCGACGCGCUGGAGGAGAGAAGCGCCACUUUGGAGCAUGACCUCCGCAUGUCCAGGCUGCGGUGGAACCGGAGGGAGCAGUCGCUCCUGACGAAGGUGUCGUCCCUGCAGAACGAGGCUCGGCUCGCGGCGCUGAGGCACCAGCGCAGGCUGCACCAGUACGUGCUGCGCGUCGGCGGCCUCGCGGAGCAGGUCGUGGGCUACUGCCAGGGCGACGCGAGGACGGCGGAGAGCGCGCGGAGCCGAAUAGCGGACGGAGCGACACGUGCGGAGGGAGACGCGCAGGAGCGGGUCGGAGCAGAGGCGAACCUGCACCCCACACCCGCAUCCGAGCGGCCGGAGGUGAAGCAUCAACAUCAAACGUCAUCCGGCCGCGCGUCUUUCAGCCCGACGGUCCGCGGCGGAAUUAGCGGCGUCCUGAGUCGUGUCCCUGCUUUUGAUGUGUUCCGGCUCAGAGCCCGCGGCUGCUGGAGGCGUCGUCUUCUGUGGCGAAUGAACGAGCGCGAUGAGCAGCAAAGACGGCCGGCGACGGAGGACUCU